AUUUGUUCUAUAAAUAUCCUUUUCCACUUGAAGAAUAUACCAUGCAAGAAUCAAACAACUAAAGCUUAUACUCUCACUUCAAAAGAAGAGUCGUUCGUUGCCAUUUAAUUUCCGCCCUCAUCAAACAAAUGGAGCCCGCAACUGCGAAUUCCGCCGCCGCCGCCGCACCGGAGAACCCAAACGUCACCACCGUCCGCAGCCUGUACACGGCGUUGGGGAGCGGCGGGAGCAGGCAAAUCUCCGGGCUCAUCGCUAGCGACUUGGAGUGGUGGUUCCACGGCCCGCAGAACUGCCACCACAUGAUGAAAAUGCUGACCGGAAAAUCAUCUCCGGCGGACUUCAAGUUCGAGCCGCGGAGCAUCGACGCCGUCGACGACGGCGAGUGCGUGAUAGUGGAGGGCUGGGAGGGUGCUCAGGUGUACUGGGUGCACGUGUGGACCCUCAACGAAGACGGCGUUAUAACGCAGUUCAGAGAGUACUUCAACACGUGGCUGACGGUGUGGGAUUUGAGGCCUCUCAGCUGCACCGGCACUCUGUGGCAGAGCCACCCUCAGGACCUCGCCAAACGGUCGUUGCCGGGGCUCAUGCUCGCCAUCUGACGGCGGCGCACGGCGGCGGCGAUGAUCGGAGCACCCAUAUCCUGUAAUUUAUUGUUGGAGUGAAAGCUGUUUCCUAUGGAGGGAUAUGUAAUUAAUGCUGUCCUUAUCUCGAACUUAAUUAGGAAUUAAGGGUUAAAAAGCUUUUUAAUGUUUGAUUAAAUGAAACCUUAAUCUAGUUACUAAGUCAAGAUUAUGUUGUUAAUUGUUAUUAAUACAUUUGAACUAAAAUCGCUGGAAGACCAAACACACGCUUUUA